AUGGAGAGCGUGAGGUCCGAGGCCUCGCUGCAGGAGGAGGUGAACCAGAGGUUCCUCAGUGAGGAGGAGUCCACCCGGGCCCAUAGGUCCAUCACCACUGUGAUCCAGAACACCAUAGGACAAGUCUUCUCACAGGCUCUGAAUCUGCCCAGGGACGCCUUAGACAAACACAGCCAUUCCCACGAGCUCACCGCCCUGAUCGAGCAGAAGGUGAACCGAGUCCUGUCUGAGGAGAAAGAGGACGGCUCCAUCAGUGUGGACUCCCUCAUCAGCAGCGAGACUGUGGCCCGUAGCAUGAUUGACGAGGGAAACUCCUGCCUUCAAAGAUGUCUGCGCUUCUUGUUAUGCUCUUGUGGCCGCCGCGCUUCCAAAAAGCAGUCGGCCUCUUCGGAAAGUGGGCCGUGCCGCUGUAGCUUUCUCAGGUUUGCUAAGAAGAAUUUCAGAAGCAUGCAGAGCAAUCUGGAGACAAAACUCUUGUCCGAAGAGUCAGAGCCUGGAAGAAGAGUUCCUUCAAGAGGCUCUGGCAGCAGUGGGAGUUACCCAGACCUGGCCAUAUCCCCUGGAACUACUUUAAAGACCCCAGAGGUCAGUUUUGAGCAAUUCCAACCAGAGGUGGAGGAAUUGUUCCAACAGCUAAAUCUGCCCACAAGUCCUGACAUAGAAACGAGCCAAGAGAGGCUCACACAGGCCCUGAAGAGUGAGCAGACCACUGCGUUUGCUCAGAGACUCACUGACAUGAUGUACUGUCACUUUCACAUCAUGGACAGAGCGGCUCUCGCUGCGUCACCAAACCCUGAGAUCAGGAGUAAGCUCCGGAACCAGGAUCAGCAGCUGGCGUAUGCCAUGGUGAGAAACGAGGUGUUCACGAACCUCCACAGUUUCACACACUACAUCAAGCACGACCCACUGGAAGACUUUUACCAGCAGGACUUGUUUGAACUGUGCAUGGAGAGGCCGCCUUUGUCGCCCAAUUCUCAAGAGGCCCUGACAUACAACGUAUCCAUCCCUUUCCAAGGGUCAGUCCCCGUCCAGGUCCAGGUGGAUUCUCUGUCUUUGAACAGCCACAAACAUGACCUGUUCGAGAGGUCCAUGGUGCACCCCAGAGCGGGUGUACCAUCACAGAUCUCCAGAGACGUACCAGCGAUCGUCCUGCGAACCCCAGAGGUCCGUACCUACAGUGUUUCAGCAGUCUCUGAACACUCUUUCAGGAGUCACAAGUACGACCUGUUCGAGAGGUCCAUGGCGCCUCCCAAAGUGCAGAUGCCGUCCUUCAUCUCUAAAGACGUCCCGGUGAUUAUCCUGAAGACCCCAAAGGACAUGCGGAGACUCAGUCACAGGUCAGACUUGUCCGAGGGCCAGUCCAUGACUCUAGGCCUGAUCGAGUCUUUGAUGAUCCAAAUGUUCAGAGGAAAAGCUGCUUUACGUCCCUGGAUUAGACAGGUAGCGGCGCCAGAGAAGUGUUUGGCUAACGACCAGAAAGCUCCAAUAAAAGCGGCGCUCGGACCAGCUGCGGAAGUGCCCCCGUGGCGCUCUCCUCCCGCCGCCUUUGUGCUGGAACAAGGAACAGGCAGUUAG